AUGUUCGCGGCGACGCGAUUCCUCCAAAUCGUCACCUUGAUCCCAACCAUGGGUAUGCUCGCCUGGUUCGUCGAUGGCUUCGUAAAGCGCAACGUUAUUGUCCCCGACUCCAUCCUCGUCCUCUUCAUCGUCUCCGUCCUCGCCCUCGCCUGGGCUAUCUUCACCCUCUUCAGCUACCACCGCAGCAGCACAAAUGCCCUAUUCGUCGCAGUCAUCGACCUUGGUUUCGUUGGUGCUUUCAUUGCCGCCGUCUGGUACCUUCGUGGCAUCAACUACGUCGACUGUACGAACCUCGCACGCGACGGCCGCUGGUCCGCAAACUUUCCCGGCCUGGUCACCAUCUCUGGGCCCCGCUUCAACCUCUUCACCGAUAAACCCUGUGCCAUGCUCAAGGCAUCCUGGGUCUUUGGCAUCAUCAAUACCAUCUUAUUCUUCUUCACCGCUGUUCUCGCCUGGAUGCACGGUGACCGCCUGUCCUCCAGCUACGAGCGCAAGUCCUACCACCACGGACGUCACCGCCGCCACCGCUCUCACAGCCACCGCUCUCACAGCCGUCGCAGCUCCCACUCUCAUCGUCGCGUGUACGUUUGA